UUUAUCUGUCUCCCGUGCCUUUCUCAAAAAAAAAAAAAAAAAAAAAUCUGUCUCCCGUGCCCAUCGGUAGCGAAACCCUAGAAUCGAAUCGAACCGAGGCGAGGCAGAAGGCAGAGGCGGCGGCGGAGACGAGCGGAGAGGAAAUCGAGGAUAAGGCGAAGGAAGAGGCAAUCAUGUCCCUCCGGCGGACCGUCGGUCUCGUCCUCUCACGGAGGUUCUCGCCGCGGGUGAUCCGAAGGGCGGCUCCUGCACGCUCUUUCCACACCUUGAAGGAACUCCCUGUAGGUGAUGGCCUUCGUGGUGCUGCUGGUGUGGCCGCGGCUGCGAUUGCCGGUGUUGGAGCCUGGGCAGUUCAGUAUUUCAGGAAAGGCCCAGAUGAUGACGAGUCAGCUGCUCGCAAGAAAGAGGAGGACAUGAAGGCGAGGUUCGAGGAUUGGAUGAAGGAGUACAACAAGACAUACCGCGACGAGGAAGAGAAGGCUAUGCGGUUCCAAGUGUUCAAGGACACCGUCAAGUCGAUUGAAUCGUUGCCCCCAUCUACCCAGAAGAAGUUGCUUCCACCUAAUGGUUUUGCAGACUUAACAAGCAAGGAACUCCCGUGCAUCGAGCCCUGUAUCGAUGAUGAUUUAGAUGAUAUAGACGGCGAAGAGUACCGCCAGAACAAGUUCCUUGCCGAGAAUGAGAACGGAGAAGAAGUCGUAUGGUAGCCAGAAUGGAAGCCAGCCGUGAACAAUCAGGCAACUCAAGUCUCUGCCUAGAAACAAUAUCCGGUGCAAAUCAGGUGGCUGGUGUAGUUAAAAUUAAAUAACUUGGGGCACUGCUUUAAGUUUGGUGCUAUGUUAAUCUGAACCAUGUGUGGCUUGUGUAGUUAAAUUAAGCAGCUUGGGCACUGCUUUAAGUUUGGUGCUAUGUUAACCUGAACCAUGUGUGGCUGGUGUAGUUAAAUUACGUAGCUUGGGCAUUGCCGUAUGUUAAUCUGAACCAUGUGUGGCUGGUGUAGUUAAAUUAAGUAGCUUGGGCAUUGCCGUAUGUUAAUCUGAACCAUGUGUGGCUGGUGUAGUUAAAUUAAGUAGCUUGUGAUGCUGUUUUAAGUUUA